AUGACGGACUGCAAGAGUUACUAUGCAAAGUGGCGGAGAGCCCAGGACGCACAAGUAAACUUUCUGCUGGAGUUACCCCUGGAAGCCCGUCUUUCUGGUGACCUGGACGACCUCCACGACCUUUCUGGUGACCUGGACGACCUCCACGACCUUUCUGGUGACCUGGACGACCUCCACGACCUUUCUGGUGACCUGGACGACCAUCACGACCUUUCUGGUGACCUGGACGACCACCACGACCUUUCUGGUGACCUGGACGACCAUCACGACCUUUCUGGUGACCUGGACGACCAUCACGACCUUUCUGGUGACCUGGACGACCAUCACGACCUUUCUGGUGACCUGGACGACCAUCACGACCUUUCUGGUGACCUGGACGACCUCCACGACCUUCCUGGUGACCUGGAUGACCACCACGACCUUUCUGGUGACCUGGACGACCCCCACGACCUUUCUGGUGACCUGGACGACCAUCACGACCUUUCUGGUGACCUGGACGACCAUCACGACCUUUCUGGUGACCUGGACGACCACCACGACCUUUCUGGUGACCUGGACGACCUCUACGACCUUUCUGGUGACCUGGACGACCUCCACGACCUUCCUGGUGACCUGGACGACCUCCACGACCUUUCUGGUGACCUGGACGACCUCCACGACCUUUCUGGUGACCUGGACGACCAUCACGACCUUUCUCGUGACCUGGACGACCUCCACGACCUUCCUGGUGACCUGGACGACCUCUACGACCUUUCUGGUGACCUGGACGACCUCCACGACCUUUCUGGUGACCUGGACGACCUCCACGACCUUUCUGGUGACCUGGACGACCUCCACGACCUUUCUGGUGACCUGGACGACCCCCAUGACCUUUCUGGUGACCUGGACGACCUCCACGACCUUUCUGGUGACCUGGACGACCUCCACGACCUUCCUGGUGACCUGGACGACCCCCACGACCUUUCUGGUGACCUGGAUGACCCCCACGACCUUUCUGGUGACCUGGACGACCACCACGACCUUUCUGGUGACCUGGACGACCUCCAUGACCUUCCUGGUGACCUGGACGACCUCCACGAACCUUUCUGGUGA